AUGAACCCCACACACCUAAUAUUAUUACACAGGAGGAGGCUGCUACAACUUUCUAAAUCCAGAAACAUUACAGAAACCUCCAACUUCCUCUCCCCUACCACGGCCGCGGCCGCCGAUGGAGAGCCCACCUUCCAGCCGGUCAACAACGACUCUCCCUCCUCCUCCUCUUCCGCCACCGCCGCCGGGAUGAGGCCGUUCGAACCCGCCACGCACUUCGACUCCUCUAUGGCCCUCACCAUCCUCGUCCUUCUCACUGCCCUCUUCUUCAUGGGCUUCUUCUCCGUCUACAUCCGCCGCUUUGGCGGUGGCGGAGGUGGACCGCCGUCGAGCGCUGCCGCUGGGCCGAGGCGGCAGGAGAAGCGGAGGGGGGGACUGGACCCUUCGGCCGUGCGGUCGCUGCCGCUGGUGGCGUAUGGAGGCGACGGGAGGCACCGGGGGGCGGCCGGCGGCUGCCCGAUCUGCCUGACCGAGUUUGAGGAGGGGGAGGCGGUGAAGCUCAUCCCCUACUGCGGUCACGUGUUUCACGACGGAUGCAUCGACACGUGGCUUGCGUCGCACAUGACCUGCCCGCUGUGUCGGUCGGCCCAGCUGUUCAAGACGGGCGAUGAUGAGGGAGGGGGAGUGUUGGGGUGCGACGCGGCGCAGGUAUGA